GUUUGGCACUGAAGCAACAGCAGGCCAGGAGAGAAGGGCACCCCCUACACACACCCGGGCAAACACGCACACACGCAUGCAGUGCGAUGAUCUUGCUCCUUUUAGUAAGGAGGAGUCGGACCUUCUGGCAUCAGAACACAACCGAGCGCACGCGGCAUAACUUUGCCAGCAUUAAUGGCUGCCCCUUUCCUGCUCUCGUCGCUUGGCCGCUCUCAACCCCUGCCCAGAACUCGGCCGCCUGGAGGCUUCUUCGGCAAUUUGGCAUCGCUUGGCAGAAACACAGCACGUGACUUUCUAAAUCUCAGACCCCAAAGGGCUUGGCUUCCAGCAAAGUAGGGCCGCCCUGUGACAUGGAGGAGGAAGAAGAGGAGGAGGAAGAAGAGGAAGAGGAGGAGGAAGAGGGUCCCAGCCACCCAACAGAGGACCAGGGGCUCACCUGGGAGCCUGCUGGGUGGAAGGAGGCCGCCAUCCCCGAGCGUCCUCUUCCAGGGGGUCCAGGUGCCACCGGCUGGAUGGCCGCUCCCCCUCCCCAGGGCCCUUCGGCGCCCUCAGGGGCCUGCCAAGGCUUGUGCACCUGGCAGUGUUGGCGCCUCCGAGUCCUGGAGCACCUGGAGCAGGAGCAGGCCGCUGGGAGCCACACCUGGGCAGCUCAGGUGACCUUUGAAGACGUGGCCGUCUAUUUCUCGUCGGAGGAGUGGGCAGAGCUGACGGCCUGGCAGAAGGACUUAUACUGGGAGGUGAUGAAGGGAAACCACAACCUCACGGCCUCGCUGGCGCCUGCCUGCGGUCCCGCCUCGGAGGUUCUGCGCCGGAUGGAACGAGGGGAGGCCCCCCCGUCUGAGACACCUCCGGAUGAAAAGCAGGAAGACCCGCCCCCUUGCCCUGCUUGUGGGGACCCUGCGCGACCCAGAGGGAGAAGCCGCCUGGGAGCAGAGGAUUCCCUCAGCAGGACCCAAGAGGACGAUGCGGCAGCGGGAGGCCUGCUGGGUGUCCCCAGCCCUGAUGCCCUGGCGUGCAUCAAGGGUGAAGAGAAGCCGGAGGCUGCCAAGAGGGAGCCAGGGGGCGUGCCCGCACACGACUGCAAGGAAUGCGGCCAGAGUCUCCCUGGGCGGGAUGCCCGGAUGGCUCACGUCCUCGGCACCCGCCUCCACCCGCAGGCCCUGCCCUGCCCUCUGUGCGGGAGAGUCUUCGGCAGCCCCAGCAGCCUGGCUCUGCACCAGCACACCUGCCACCGGGAGCGAGUCUUCACCUGCGUGGACUGCAAAAGCAGCUUCCUCUACGAGGAGCAGGAGGCCAGCCGGAUCCAGGCGCAGCUGGCCCUGGGCCAGCUCUUCAAGUGCUUCCACUGCAGUUGCCGGAUCGCCCUCCUCGUGGACCAAAAGCCCAGCUCGCUGCACGGGGGCAUGGCCUUUGGGCAGCCAGACACCCUGUACUACAGUCGCCAGAGGGCCAUGGAGCAGGUCCGGCAGCGUGCCGCUCACUGGACCAUCUCGGAGACCAAAGCGUUUGUGGAGCUUUGGGGGGACGACUGCGUCCAGACGGCGCUUUACGACAACUAUCGGAACGAGGUGCAGUACAAGCGCCUAUCAGACAAAAUGAGGAAGAUGGGCUUCCACCGUAACCUGGAGCAGUGCCGGCAGCGAGCCAAAGACCUGAGACGCGGCUUCAAAGAGAUCAAAGACGGCAACCUCCACUCCAACCGUGCCCGCCAGACCAUGCCCUUCUUCGCUCUCUUGGACCGCUUCCUGAUGAUGAGCCGGGGGCUGGUCAUCCCCAAGGUGUGCGUGAACAGGGCCAAGCAGAAAGGCCGGAAGGGCCGGGGCCGCGGGGCGGAGGAACCGUCCUUGGCUUUCAUGCUGCCCCCCGAAACCCUCGGGUCCCGCCAGCUGCCCCUCCCAGGCCAGGACUCUUACGCCCGCGUGUUGGGACUUGCUGACUACCCGCUUCAGAGGCGCAACAAACGCGGUUACAGCGAGGAUGUCGAUCUUUCCGACUACCCGCUGCAGUUGCCCGACCCGGACCCCUUGGCCCAUGUGAUGGAGAUACCCAGCUACCCGCUGCGUGGGCAGAAUGAACGUCCUUCUUCCCACGCCACGGGACCCACAGACUUCCCGCUUCAGCUGCAAGAGAAAGACACGUCGCUGGGGGUAGAAUCUGGCUGGGUCCCUGGUCACAGUCGGCCUCCGGAGAUGCUGCUCCCUCCCAUCAACGGGUUGUCCGCUGCUGUCAGCAACCUUUGGGCACAAAUUGCCACCAUGCCCACGGGACGGCCCACAAAUACGGCAGCCCAGGCAAGCGUGCCAACCUGGCACCCAGGAAAGGCCCCGAGUUCCUCCGCCAAGCGGAUGCGCGACCUCCGGCUGCGUCGCAGGAGGCAACGAGCCGCCAUGGCCCGGGUGCUGCUGGGGGCCAGUUACCGCCCCAACGACCGGACCGUGUGGAGCAAGACCCAGAAAACGGACUGGUGGGACAACCUGCUGGCCGGCCAGCCCGACAACGGGGAGUGGAUCCGCUAUUUCCGCAUGUCACGAGCGGCCGUGCUCGAUCUGGUGGAGAAGCUGCGCCCGGUGCUGCAGCGCGAGGACACCAACAUGCGCGCCGCCAUCCCAGUGGACAAACGAGUGGCCCUCACGCUCUGGAAGCUGGCCACCUCGGACAGCUACCGGUCGGUCGCCAACCAGUUUGGCGUGGGCGUCUCGACCGUCUCGGUCAUCGUCAUGGAGGUGUGCGAAGCCAUCCACGACGUGCUGCUGAAACACGUCGUCCAGCUUGGGGAGGCUCAGGCGGUGAUGGAGGGCUUUGAGAGGAUCGGCUUCCCAAACUGCAUCGGGGCGGUGGACGAAACCCACAUUCCCAUUCUGUGUUCUCCGCACGGCACGUCCGCCUACAUCAACGGGAAGGGCUUGGUCUCCAUGGUUUUGCAGGCCCUGGUGGACAGCGCUGGGCGUUUCAUGGAUGUGUACGCAGGGUGGUCGGGGGGGACCCAGGAUUCUGGGUUGCCGUGGGGCUCCCCGCUUUUUGAGCGAAUGGAGAAAGGUGCAUUUGGUCCACAGACCACCACGGAGAUUGAAGGGGUCCCCGUGAGCCCUGUCCUGCUGGGUGGCCCCGCAUGUCCCCUGAGGCCGUGGCUCAUGAAACCCUACCCGGAGGCCUCCAGCAGGGCCCGCGAACGCUUCAAUGCGCUCCUGAGCAAGUGCCGCAUGGCUGUGACCUAUGCCUUUGAGAGGCUGAAAGGGCGUUGGCGUUGCCUUCUCAAGCGCCUCGAUGUGGCCGAGAAGAACGUCCCUCUGGUCAUUGUGGCCUGCUGCAUCCUGCACAACAUUUGUGAGAGCAGAAAUGAGGCCAUGCAGGAGGGCUGGCAGGAGGGCAUGGACUGCGCCGACCUGCCGUCAGCAGCCUCUGAGAGCCAGGCAGGCAGCUUGCCGGAGACGGAGGAGACGGGCGAAGCACACUGCAUCCGCGAGGCCUUCUGCGCUUUCUUUGAGAAGAGAUGGCAGGAAGAAGACCUGUGAGAGGGAGGGAGGGCGGGAGGAGGCACUUUGUGUGUGUUCAUGUGUGAUAGCACCCUGUUGCCCAUCCUGGAUGUCACCAAGACCGAGCUAACUCAGGUUACAAUCCCCUUCUGUGGCGUUACUUCACGUGGAAGGAUGGCAACAUCCAUCCCUCGGUGAAGGACAUUUUUUACUGGUUGCACUGUCUCAUCUUUUAUAAACCUUUUAUAAAAUCUGCAUAGUUUCAUCCAGAA